AUGAUUGCUUCAAAAUGCAACAACGUUCAUAAUUGUACCCAAUAUAUUUUUCGAUAUUUUUUACACACCACGAUUAAUCAAUACGAUUUAACAAUUCCAGCUAAAACGGAUAAUUUUCCUCUCUCAGCAACGGUAUUCGAACCAUCCGAUCAAAAUGCAACGAGAAUUAGUGCUGUUCUGUCAAGUGCAACUGGAGUAAAACGACAAUUCUAUUCUCAUUUUGCUCAAUAUUUAUCUGAACAACAUCAAAUAAGAACAAUUUGUUAUGAUUAUCGUGGCAUUGGUCGAUCGACACCCCCAAAAGGAACAGAAUGGAAUUUAAUUGAUUGGAUACAAAAAGAUUGUGCUGGUGUAUUAGAAUAUACCCUACAAAAAUAUCCUCAAGAUCAACUUGUAACUAUUGGACAUAGCGUUGGUGCACAUGUACAUGCUAUGAUGUAUCCUGAAUUGAAUAAACAAGUUCAACGAGUUUUAUCUGUCGCUGGAAGUAAUGCAUAUCUAUUGUGGCGAAAGAAAUUAAAUUUAACAUUUCUAAUGACAUUAUUAAUGUUUUAUGUAUUGCGUGAACCGUUGAUUUAUUUCUAUGAUUAUUUUCCAACGAAACAAUUAUUUAAUGUAAUGGAAGAUCUUCCAAAAAAUGUUGUUCGGCAAUGGGCUUAUUUUAUGAGACGUCAAAAAUAUUUUGUCGAUAAAAACGAUGUUCCUUUAUUUCCAGAAGGUUAUGAAAGUUUACAAUGUCCAUUAUUGGCAAUUAGUUUUGAAAAUGACGAAUAUUCAACCAAACGAUCAUUCCAUGAACCAUUCGUCAACUGUCAACUAAUACAACGACAUUAUACAAGACAAUAUCAGUUUGGACACUUGAAAUUUUUCAGCUCGAAAGCUUCCAAAAGUCGAUUAUGGCAAGAAUGUGCUGAAUUUUUGAAAACGGGACAAAUACCACCAAUGGAGGAAAGAAAAGAAUAA